AUGGCAGGGCGCACCAACCAGGGCGAGCCAGCUCCUCUCGCCGCCCCUCUCCCUUUGUCGCCCUCCCUCGAAUGCCCGAGCACGCGGGCGAGGUUGCGGCGGCUCACUGCGCGCGUCCUAAGAUCGCCCGGCGCCCCGGCGACGUGGUGCUGGCCCCUCGGUCACAUGCCAGUUCUGGCCGCGGCAGCGAGCUGGGGGGGGCGCGGCAUUGCCUCCUAUGGACUGUUGGACUGCGGGCACACGGCUCGCCGGUCGACUCCAUGUGGUGCUCUGAGCAUGGCUUGCGCGCGCGCCUUCACGAGGGCGGCAUGCUCGCCGUAUCGCGGCUCCUCGCAGAAGAGCGCCCCGGCAUCUGGGGAGGGGGCUGCUAGUUGGCUACCUAGACUUACUAUCGAUGUCAAGAGGAUCUCCGACAACGGAGGCCGACGGGGCGUAACAAGUAUCACGGGCCUGCAAGUCGCCGACGGCAUUCUCAACUCCCACUACGAGCUGACCCUAGACCAAUGCCAGGCAGUGGUGGCGGUGCUCGGCUCGCGUGGCCUAGUGAAUGACAUGGACAUUUCCCCAUCUGUCUCCGCCGCCGCCUUGUCCCGUCGCCCUACGGCGAUGUUGCAUCCAUCAGCCAUCGCCACACCGGCCCUGCAGGUCCGGGCCGGUCAGGUCGGUCAGUCUGCAGCUCGAGUCGCUGUUACACUGGAGGCCCUCGACUCGGCCAUGGGAAGGAGGGGGAGAGCCAAGCCAGCCCUAGAAAUGGGCGGGCAGCUGCCUAAAAUUUGCGGCUCAACAGCCUCCCGCCCCUCGUUUGGUCUGGCGUCUGGUCCGGCGUCUGGAGGCCGGCCAGACAGCAGCGCGGGUCGUUGGUUUGGGGUAAACAUGAUAAACAAGCAAGACGUCAAGGCCCGCCUUCGUUUCCACCAACGCGCCGACAAUGGCACUCGAGCCCGUCAGACAACCCCCUUCCAUACGCACAAGAACAGACUGAGCGAGCUUCACAUUGUCAGCAGGCGCCUCGCCGUAGCCCAUGCUCCUGCCCGCCGCAGUAUGCAUCGAUACGACGGCGGAUUUGUCUCCGUUGUCGCCAAGUUUGUAAAACAAUAA